AGUAUAUUGCCGAAGCAAGCGUUAUGGUCUAAUUGUCUUGUCUCUCACAUUCAAAAUCUCGCCUUCCCAGUGAGACCACCCCCAGUUAAGAAAGGAAUUUCCAGGAGAGGUUUGUUUAUUUGUUUAAGAUCCCCUGAUGCUACUCGGGAAAAGCAACGGCUACUGCACUUCAUAUUGAAUUUGAGCUUGAAAAUUCCAUCGUUGAAGAAGCUUCUACUCUCUCCCGUGAGUGUGUAAAAUUGAGCUCUAUCCGCGACUACGGUUUUCUCCUCCUCCUGGAGGGAACAGGUGCCAUUUAUGGGGGUGAAAAAUCUAUGGGACAUCUUAGAAUCUUGCAAGAAAAUUCUCCCUCUUCACCAUCUCCAGAACAAGAGGGUGUGCAUAGAUCUGUCAUGCUGGAUGGUCCAACUUCAGAAUGUGAACAGAACCCACUGUGCUAUGACCAGCAAACUCUAUCUCCAGUGUCUCUUCCACCGCCUCCGAGCCCUCAUUGCUUUAAAUUGUAGUCUCAUUUUUGUUACUGAUGGGUCUAUUCCUUCAAUCAAGUUAUCUACAUAUAGACGACGAUUAAAUGUUGGGAGUGAGGUAAAUGUGGAGGAAACAAAUCCUAAAAUAGUAUCGUCACUAAGAAGGAACAUGGGCUCUGAGUUUUCAUGCAUGAUAAAGGAGGCUAAAAGUCUUGGCAAGGCACUUGGAAUUCCUUGCUUAGAUGGGGUAGAGGAGGCUGAAGCUCAAUGUGCAUUGCUAAACUCAGAAUCAUUAUGUGAUGCAUGUUUCACUUCAGAUUCUGAUGCUUUCCUGUUUGGUGCUAGAACCGUGUAUAGAGAUAUUUGUCUUGGCGAAGGUGGUUAUGUUGUUUGUUAUGAAAUGGCUGAUAUUGAGAGGAAUCUUGGCUUUGGGAGGAAUUCCUUGAUUACUUUGGCUGUUCUUCUUGGUAGUGAUUACUCCCAAGGGGUGUAUGGUCUCGGUCAGGAGUCAGCUUGUCAGAUCGUUAAAUCAGUUGGUGACAGUGCUGUUCUUCACAGAAUUGCAUUGGAGGGGAUAUCGUUUGCACAGAAGCCAAAAGUUUCAAAAAAAAAGGCACGCAGUUUGAGUGCAAAUCAGGAAAGGGAUGCUAAUGGGGCUGAUUCCAAUUUCCAAAAGAAUACUGAGUUCAUGGAAGUGAUCAAUGCCUAUUUGAAGCCAAAGUGCCACCCACCUGACUCUGAUGCUGUGUAUAGGGUACUGGCUGUUUAUCCAUUUAAUCGCCACCAACUUCAGCAGAUAUGUGCCCAGUUUUUUGAUUGGCCUCCUGAGAAGACAGAUGAGUACAUUCUUCCGAAGAUAGCUGAAAGAGACCUAAGGCGAUAUGCUAGUUUACGUUCCACUUCAUCAAACCUUGGAGUCAAAGUUUCAAUGGAUGAGAUGCCAGUGAAGUGUCCUAUAUCAAGUAUUAUCAAGCAAAGAAAGCUUCAAGGGAGAGAUUGCUUUGAGGUUUCAUGGGAAGAAAUGCAUGGACUAAAUGCAUCUGUUGUACCGGCUGAUCUAGUAGAAAGAGCCUGUCCUGAAAAGAUAGUGGAAUUCCAGGAGAGAAAAGCUCAAGGAAAGAAAAGAAAUCAUUGCGUAUCUAGACCAAAGAAACUUGGAAACAUGCCAUCUGCAGAGGAAAUUGAUCUUAAGCUUCAAAAGCUGCUACUUGACAUAGAAAAUGAGAGCAAAACCACCAGAGGUGCCAGCUUAUCAGGACGAUCCAAACUGGAGAAAACUAGUGCUUUAAUCCAAGCUGAUCUUGCAAUCCAAGAACUGCACCUUGAGGACAAGUUGGAGAAAGAGGCUGAUUCUGUUACUACUAUGGGGUGCAAGUCAGUAGCUCCAAGUCCUCGUGGAACUGAGGUCAUUAAUCUGAUGAGCCCUUUGCCAGUGUCUGCUCCAAGUUCAACACGUCAAGGUGCAAAUGUGGAGUGCAUCGACUUAAUUGAGUUGAGCGAGUCAGAAACCGAAAUCUCUCCUGAUCAUGCAAGAAAAGCUAGAGAUUUAAGGUUGUUUAUAGCUAGUAUUAAAGACGAUUGACCCAUGAAUACAAGAAAAGGAAAAUUAAUAAAAUGUCUAUAUGAGGGGUUCUUGUAAGGGAAAACACGGUGGGCUGAGAAGUUAGAAAAAGAAAACACCUUUCAUGUAUGCAUAAUUGCUAUUUGUGUGGGGAAGUUGGAAAUUUUAGAUGUAUCAAAUGAUAAGAUGUAACAUCAUACUGGAUGGCGGGUCGUACGAGGGAUCUGAUCUUGCUUUCUCAAACUUAUUCGCAUGGGAUAAGAAAUUUUCUAUUUGUGUGGGAGAUUAGAAAUUUUAGAUGUAGAAACGUUAAGAUGUUACAUGAAUUGAUGAUCAAAA